AUGAUAUAAAAAUUCAUACAAAGAGUUUCAUAUUUCGACACCUUUGGAGCAGAAGUGAAGUUGAAUUUCAGGAAGAAAGAAACUCAUCAAUCACCAUUCGGAGGUUUUUGUACAAUCCUUUUGGUGGUUGUUUUGGGCAUCGUUUUCGUCCAGGGAGCUAUCAGUCUCAUAAAACAGGAAACCUUCACUAUCUCAUCCAAUCGGGUAUUGAACAUUGAUCCACCUACCACUCUCCUCAACUACAACGAUUACAUGAUGGCAUUCCAAGUAGAAGAUCCGAUUGUCGACGGAACCAAACAAUUAAUCGAUUUUAUCUAUACACAAUAUGAGCAAAACAUGAAUGAAAAUGGCACCUUGACUAAAACUGAGAAAUACUCACUACCACUUGAAAAAUGUACAAUCAAGCAUUUCCAAGACUUCAAUGAAUCCACUAUCUACAAUAAAAUACUGAAAGACCAACUCAAUAGCUAUUAUUGUCUCCCCCUCAAUUACACCCUAACUUUGGAAGGCACUUUCAAAUCUAAUACGUUUUAAUAUGGAAGAAUAACAGCUCUACUUUGCGACACCAGCUCGUGUUAUUCAACUUCGGAAAUUUAGCAAUUCCAACUAGACGGCUAAUUGAAUAAUAGUUUUAAAAUCAACACUCUAAUGCUCAAUCGAGUCGCUAAUUUAAAUCAAGAAUCUAAUUACAUUUCCUACAUCUACUCCGAUUUCUACAUUUCAACCAAAAUUGGCCUCGAAACCAAGGCAGACAUCUACCUUGAGAAAUAAGCAAUGACCAUUGAAAACUCAGUCGUCCCUGGAAUCAAGGAUAUGCAAGAUGAACAUGUCUUUUCCAUCGUGGAAAACAAACUAACUCCCAACACUGUUUAUACUUCCAACAUUACGAAGGUUGCAUCCUUUUACUUGCGUCUCUCAUAAUCUGAGAUGCAUUACUCUAAGGAAUAUUACCGCGUAGACGAACUCAUCUCCUACGUUGGUGGCAUCACUAAAUUCUUAGCAACUGUCAUCGGCUACUUUAUACUUCGAUACAACGAGACUGGCCUAUAAAUUAAGAUGGCUAAUGCAUUGUAUCAAUUUGAUAUGCCAGAGAAAAAAAAAGGAGAGUUGGUGUUCUCUUUUUAGACUUUGGUUACUAAAAUAAUUGACUCUAUGAAAUCGGUUGAUGAUGUAGUUCAAAAAUUUAAACAUAGUGCUCAUAGGGUCAUUCAUAUGACGAGAGUUGCAACUGCUUUGCGGUUGCCCAUCUCCUCAACUUAACAAUACGAUAAAAAUGAAUAGGACAAUGUAAGUGUGCAUACUCACAGAGUUUAAAUUGUAAAUCAUGAUGUGCAUUAUGGUAAUUUGAAAUCGGAGAAAUCCUUAGAUUAAUCACAUGAGAAUCAUCAUCAACAACAACAACAACAACAACCAAAUUUGGAUAAGGAUAAAGAGAAAUUUUUGGACUUAUUUAUUAAAUUAAUUUUGGAAAGUAAAAAGAAAUUAUCAUUCGGAGUACAUUUUAUUGUUAAAUAAGUUUCUGGUUCAUUUAAAAGAAAUAGCACCACCAAUUAUUAAGCCAGAAUAUUUGAAAAGUCAAGGAAAAUGAUUUUAACAGAUAUGGACAUAUUAGUUGUCAUGAAUAAGCUCUAAGAAAUUGAGAAAUUCAAACACAUCUUUCUUAAUAAAACCUAAAGGAAAGUAUUUAAUUACUUGCCAAAACCAGUUGUUUGUGUGAGUGAGGAAAGAUCAUAAGUGAAGCAUCACGAAGAUUAAAUAUCGGAGAAUGAAAUGACCAACAAAAAAAACGAUAUGCUCAAAUAGAAGAGCAGCUCCAAAAGUCUAUUAGGAGGCAGGCAGAUCUACAAUACCGAAAGGAAGUUCAAGAGAUUGUACAAGGCUUAUGAGAGUCUGGCUUUAAAUGACCUUAGUGGGACUGAGGAUUUUGAGCAUCAGAGCAACAAACACAACAAGGAUUUUGAACACCAAUUUAAGCACAGCGACGAUUUAGAACACUCAUUCAGCAAUAAUAAAUAUUUUGAAUAAUCACUAAACAAAAGAUUAUUAAAAAUGGUUGAACCCACAAUUCAGUAUAGUUUCAAUUCUCUUGUUGAACUAGAAAAGAUAUCCAGGCAAUCGAAGCAGAAUAAGAAUAAGAAUAACAAGAGAGUGAUCACUCCAGCACUUAAAAAUCGACUGGUGCAAUAAUUGGAUUCUUAGAAUGAAGAAGGAGACGAUGACAAUGACAUGGAUUGCAUAACUCUCAAGGGUUCCAAGAAAGAUCAACAGACGAAACGAUCACCUCAUAGUUUAAGCAAUUACAACAUAAAGAAGACUCAUAACACUUUGGGAAGUAGUUCGAGACAGCACCAAGAAAUCAAAUUAACCAAAGUUCAAUCUAAAUAGGACUUAAUAGACAUAGAGGUAUUUAGUUCAUGA